AUGAAGGGGUUCUCCUACAGAGCACCAGAGAUGUUGGACCUGUUCCAGGGCAAGGUGAUCAGCGAAAAGGCGGACAUAUGGGCGCUGGGCUGUUUCCUCUAUCGAUUGGCGUUCCUCAAGUCGCCCUUUGAAGAAAACGGCUCGCUGCAGAUUUUGAAUGUUAACUACACCAUCCCGGAGGACUCGCCCUACACCAACACGCUGCACUCGCUCAUCAGUACCGCUCUCGCCACCCCCACAUAUUGA